UGGGUUUACAUUUCUCUCUUGGUGAUCACCAAUGAGCCAUGCGGCACCUUCCAUCUCCACCGUGGCCCGUAAGCUGAGCCGAGCUCUCAUUUCCGCCUCAAAGCCCUCACAGCAAUGGAGCUCUGCCGUCGAACAGACUCUUCGCUCCUUCCUCUCUUCCACCUCACCUCUCACUUCCACGCUCGUCGCCUCCGUCAUCGACCCCCACCUUCUCCACCACCACUACCUCGCCGCCGGACUUUUCCACUUCGCUUCCCACCAACCCAAUUUCGCCCAUUCCCCCUCCUCCUUCCACUCUCUGCUGAAAUCUCUAUCCAUCUCCAGCCGCCCUCACUCCAUCGUCUCCCUUCUAAAGCUCGCACAUGCGCAACAAAUUCCCCUCCUUUCUCCCUCCAUCACCCUCGCUGCCUUCUCUCUCCUCCUCGCCGACAAACCUCUCGAAGCCGCCGAGAUUCUCAAGCACGCCGCCAAUGAGAUCCCUCCAAGGCUCUGCAAUUCCGUGCUUGCGGCACUCUCUUCUCGUGGCUUCCUCCUUGUUGCGACUCAACUGUUUGAUGAAAUGCUUCUUAUUGGCAUUCAGUUUAGCACCGUUGGUUUCGGCUGUUUUAUUGGGAAAUUCGCAAGAGUGAAGGAGUUAGAAAAGACUCUUGAUUUAGUACAGAAAGUUAAGAGUGGAAAGAACUGCCGAGUUGAUGGCUCAAUCAUUGCCGUCUUGAUUGCAGACAGUCUUUGUCGUGCUCGUCGGAUCGACGAUGCUUGGCGAGCUUUGGAAGGACUGAGGAAGCGAGAUUGUAAACCUGAUUUCAUUGCUUAUAGAAUUGUGUCAGAGGGCUUUAAAUCAGUGAACAGGUUUGAUGAAAUGGAAACUAUAUUGAAGCAGAAGAGAAAGCUGGGAGUGGCUCCUAGAGCUAAGGAUUACAAUGACUUCAUCUUUUCAUUGAUUUCUGAAAGAAGAGUUUUGGAGGCAAAGGAAGUAGCUGAAGGUAUAGUAAAUGGAGAUUUUCCUAUAGAAGAUGAUGUUCUUAACGCACUAAUUGGAUCAGUUUCAGCUUCUGAUUCUGCUUCAGCUGUCAUGUUCUGUAAGUACAUGAUUGAAAAAGGCAGACUUUUGAGCCUUUUUGCUCUAAAAAAUAUGAGCAGGAGCUUAUGCAAGGAUGGUAAGAGUGAUGAAAUGUGGGAAAUAUUUAAAAUUUUCAUGGAUAACGGCUAUUUCAAAGAAGUCAAAGGGUAUAAUGUGAUGGUUUCCUUUCUCUGCAAGGCAGGGAGAGUCAAGGAAGCUUAUGGUGUGUUAAAUGAGAUGAAGAAGAAAGGCUUUAAGCCAAAUAUUUCCUCUUAUAACCUCCUUUUGGAAGCUCUUUGUAGAGAAGACCUUCUUCGUCCGGCUAAAAAGCUCUGGGAUGAGAUGUUUAUGAAUGGAUGCUGUGCUAAUUUGAUGACAUAUAACAUCUUAAUUAAGAAAUUUUCGCUGGUUGGUGAAGCCAAUGAGGCUCUGACAUUGUUUGAACACAUGUUGAGGAAAGGUGUUGUUCCAAAUGAGGUUACUUAUUCUUCAACCAUGAAGCUAUUGUGCGAAGAGAAUAGGAUCUGUGAGGCUCUUGAGAUAUUCGGUCGUUGUCUGGAACAGGAUGCUGUGCUCGCCAGUUCAACGUUGAGUGCUUUAGUUCUCUCACUUUGCAGAGAAGGUAAUUAUGCAUGUGCAUCCACUGUCAUGCAUGGUAUUACAGGCAGAAUAGAAAUUUGUGAUCCAGAUAUCAUUCUGUUGAAAAGCUUAGCAGAUGCUGGAGAAAUUAAUAUGGCUGCAAAGCAUGUUGAGUUUGUAAAAAAUAGUUAUCCUUUCAAAUUACAAAUAAUAGUAAAUAAGCUCCAUGAGUCUCUUUCUACAGCUCCAAAGCUUGAUUCUGUUCUGCAGUUGCUUCAGGCUGUGCAAUCACAGGGCCUCAUUUCUGAUGUUGGUUCUUGGACUAAAUUUUAAUGAGUGUGUAAAUGUUUCUAUAAAUUGUUGUUAAUUGAUCAAGUCUAUAGGUUUAAUUAGUAAAU